UAUCUGCUUUCUUAUAAGCAUUCUUAGGGUUUUUGAUUUAAUCUUCUCUACGCGCACAGACAGGUGCACAAAAGCAUCUCACCAAAGCUUCUCAGGUCUCGUCACAAAAUGUCUAGUUCGCCGGCUAAUAUGAAGUCUCUCCAUGCUUUCUCUUCUCUCACCCACCUUGGACCCCAAGUCUCUCAUCUCGAUCCCAAAUCGGAGACGACUGAACCUAACCGCACGGUGGGGUUACGGUCGCCUCGUCAGCCGCGUCUCUCUUACCCCUCCACCUUCGCUCACGAUCACCCGAAGAAGCUGAAAUCCGAAGAGAAUCCGCCGCGUGGAGAGGAAGUUCCGGUGACGGAGGAGGAGGAGAAGAAGACUUGGAAUCUGCGGCCGAGGAAGGCUUCGGAAGUGAAGCCUCCGUCGAGAUCAAACAGACCACAGAGAGGAAUCGCGGCGGAAUCUCCCGGCGGCGUCGAGGCUGGAAACGAGGACCACAGGAGGAGGCUUUGGGUGGCUCUUUCGCGAGACGAGAUCGAAGAAGACAUGUUCAAAAUGAGCGGGAACAAGCCUUCUCGCAGACCGCGAAAGAGGGCCAAGACUUUGCAGAAACAUCUCGAUGUUAUGUUCCCUGGACUUGGUCUUGUAGGGAUGAAUGCUGAUUCCUUCAGAGGAUCCACUUCUCCGGCUAAGUGUGAUCAGGUCUAUAGACCUACUGGAAAAGGAGCAUUUUUGGUGAAGAAAGAAGGGUAGAUAGGUAUGCCGGUGAGUCACAACAGUAAAAGAUAGCAAGACUAAAUAUCGCAGAUACAUGUUCUUGUAUCAUAUCAAACUUAUAAAUAGGAGGAACAAAGUUACAAGUUCAUAUAAUAUAAUCUUUAUAUAUUUAUAAGGACAGAGAAAGAUGGGGGUUUGAUUUUUGAGUCAUCGAUGAUGAAAUGCAGAAAAUCGGUUAGUAUGAUGAUGAUUUGAAAUUAAAU